AUGUCUUCAAGGACUUACAUCUCACAGGAUGGGUCAGUUGGGAACAAGAAUACAAGUAUUUGGAGAGUAUCAGCGAUACCAGAAUUCUUUUGGUACCUACUUAAUCAAAUCACUUGUUUUUAUCAAGAACAUUACAUUGAUUGA